CAUCGCCAUCAUCGUGACGUCACUUAUGUGUGCCGGAUGUUCCUCUACAACGUGUUGAAGGAAAACUCACGUGUGUGUUUUUACCUUACACCGUACACUCAAUAAUUGGAUCAAAAAGGAACAUAUUCAGCGAUCGUCAGUGUCAUUUGGAGUCAUGGGUCGUAAAUUGGAUCCCACCACCCACGUGAAGAAAGGGCCGGGGAGAAAAUCCAGGAAGCAGAAAGGAGCGGAGAUAGAGUUGGCCAAUUUCAUACCUGAGGAGGAAGCAACAGCGAAACGUCUGUCAAGCAGAAGCAGGAAGAGAGCGGCAAAACGAGUCCUGAAAAAGAAAGCGCCGAAAGAUGCCGCUCAGGAAAAACCAAAGAAAGGAUUCACUGAUGAGAACAGUGAAUGGUUGACACCAGCUAAGAGGAAGCGCAAACUGGAAGAAGCUGAAAGUGGGGACGACAGCGAUGAACACUGGGAGAACGAGGAAGAUCUGGAGAUGGAGGAUGAGGAGGAGACAAAGAAAGGAAUAAAAGAACAAGGAAAGAAGAAGAAGACUGCCAAAGUAGAAAUCAAAGAAGGAGAAGAAAAGGAGGAUGAUGAUGAUGACGAUGAUGAAAUGGUUGAUGACUACGGAGCACCUGAUGGCAGUGGAGAGGAGGAAGCAGAAAGUGAUGGAGAGCUCCUUCCCAUCGAGCGCGCAGCAAAGAAAGCACAACAGCUGAAGGAAGCCUUGGAUCUGGAUAGUGAUGACGAUAGUGACAGUGAUGAAGAUGAUGCUAAAAAGAAAAAGAAAUCCGAUUCUGAUGAGGAGGAAGACACAGUGCAAGCCAACAUGGAUGAGAUGGACGCAUUCAAGCUCCCCGGGGCAGAGGAGAGUGCGAAAGAAGGCAUCCUGCCUCUGGACCUGAAGAGCAUCCAUCAGAGGAUAAAGGACAACAUCGAAGUGCUCUGUAACUUCACAAAGCAGAGAGAAGAGGGGAAAGAGAGGGCCGAGUACCUCUCUCUCCUGAAGAAGGAUCUGUGUACUUACUACAGCUACAACCACUUCCUCCUCGAGAAGUUAAUGGACAUCUUCCCCCUUUCAGAGCUGGUUGAUUUCCUCGAGGCGAAUGAAAUCCACAGACCUGUCACUAUCCGCACCAACACACUGAAGACCAGGAGGAGGGAUCUGGCCCAGGCCCUGAUCAACAGAGGAGUGAACCUUGACCCUUUGGGCAAAUGGUCUAAAGUGGGUUUGGUCAUCUACGACUCCUCGGUACCCGUCGGUGCGACCCCGGAGUAUCUGUCCGGUCAGUACAUGCUGCAAGGAGCCUCCAGCUUCCUGCCCGUCAUGGCGCUCUCUCCUCAGGAGGGGGAGUUAGUGCUUGACAUGAGCUCAGCCCCAGGAGGGAAGACCACUUAUAUCGCUCAGCUGAUGAGAAACACGGGGACGAUCGUGGCGAAUGACGCCAACGCUGACAGACUGAAGAGUGUGGUGGGGAACAUCCACCGUCUGGGCGUCACCAACACGGUGGUCUGCAACUACGAUGGGAGGCAGUUCCCAAAGGUGAUGGGUGGAUUUGACCGAGUGCUGCUCGAUGCUCCCUGCUCAGGCACCGGAGUCAUCGCUAAAGAUCCGGCUGUGAAGACCAGCAAGGAUGAAGGUGACAUCCAGCGCUCUGCUCACCUACAGAAGGAACUGCUUCUGUCCGCCAUCGACUCCGUCAACGCUGAGUCCUCUACGGGAGGAUAUGUAGUCUACUGCACUUGCUCCAUUAUGGUGGAGGAGAAUGAAUGGGUGGUGGACUACGCUUUAAAGAAAAGGAACGUCAAAUUAGUUCCCUGCGGACUUGACUUUGGCAAGGAAGGCUUCACCAGGUUUAAGGAACGUAGAUUCCAUCCAACUCUGAAACUGUCUCGCCGAUUUUACCCUCAUACCCACAACAUGGAUGGGUUUUUUGUGGCAAAGUUUAAGAAAUUCUCCAAUGUAGUUCCAAUUAUACCAGUAGUAAAAGAAGAAGAGGAAACUGGAGAGGCUCCUGAGGCAACAGUGGUCACAGAAUCUCCUGAAAAUAAACCCGCCAAAGGUGACAAGAAAAAGAAGAUCGUCCCCGGAAAGGCAGUCGGCUUGAAGGGAAAACCCCAAACCAACGGGACAGCGACCAAGAAAAAGACGAUCGUCCCCGGAAAGGCAGGCGGCUUGAAGGGAAAACCCCAAACCAACGGAAUGGCAGCCAAGGCAAGGCAGGCAAUCGUGAAGCCAAAAGGCAAAAAGGACUCACCUGCGGGACCAACAAAGGCAAAGAAAGCCAAGAUGGAUGGAGAGACUGUGAAAGGGGCCAUGGCCAAGAAACCUGCAGCGAAAACAGCUGAUGAAUCGAAAGCAUCAACGGCUGACAAACAGAAGAAAUCACCCAUGAAGGAGAAGAAAAGGAUGGGAAAGAAUAAAUUCAGAAAGCUACAAAGCCUGUUGAAAAAUGAAAUAGAGUGAUGCUGUGUACAGCGGGGUGAAUUUAUCUAGAUUAUGUAGGAGCUUUCUAGAGCUACUUAACGGACCCAGAUUUCUUCAGAUAAACGGUGUUUUAUUACAGUGUUACUGUAUGUUUCAGUCGGAUAUUAUUUGUAAUACCUGUGUACAAAUGGAUUCGACUAGUUGGCGUAAAUUGGGUCCUCCCUUUUUAUUGUAUUCAAGAAUAUUCAUUAUGUUUGUCUGUUGAUUUAAUUGCAGGGUGGGAUUACUUCCAUAAAUCUGUGAAACAAUAAAUCUUUUAAGAUAUCUUUCUCAUCA